GCCAAUGAAUGGGUGGAAGUCACUCCCGGUGGCACUGCACCUACGGUUCGCAACGAGCACAGUGCUGUGUGGAAUUCGAUAACCGGCGGCCUUUGGGUCUUUGGAGGCGGUGGCGGUCCCCUUCUCAGUGCUGUUGAUCACGCGUACAGUACUUAUUGGAAAAGCGUCUGUGAAAUUCGGUUCGGCAAAGCCAAUGAAUGGGUGGAAGUCACUCCCGGUGGCACUGCACCUACGGCUCGCUAUGGCCAACGUGCCGAGUGGGAUGACGCCGGCGGCCGCCUGUGGAUCUUUGCAGGGAAUGACGACACUGGCGCUGUAAAUGAUUUAUUUUACUAUGACCUCCAGGCGAAUGCCUGGGUGGAGGUGACUCCAGGAGGCGCUACUCCAGGUGUGCGGAAUAAUCACCAUUCGGCAAUCGAUGCCAGUGCGGGUCGCCUCUACAUCUACGGUGGAGCUCACGGCGAGCGGGGCGGGAAAGUAGCGCGACGCGUACCUCCACCAGCAGCGCCACGAGGACCAUCACCACCACCACCAGCCAAACAAUUAGCAGCACCACCACAGGAACUGCAAGCACCACCGGCACCACCACAACCACACGCACCGGCAGCACCACAACAACAGCAAGCAGCAGCACAAGCACCAGCACCACCACAAUUAGCAGGCACUGCAAUUCCUGAGGGUGGCCUGACAAUCGAAGAACUCGAAGCACUGGAAGAGAAAAGAAAAGAAGAAGCAGCGCAGGCAGUUGCAGCAGUAGAAGCAGCUGAAAACAACGCAGUUGCGGAAGCCAUCGCUGCGAUCGCGCUGCAAGGCAAUGCCAGUGCCAGCGCCCCCAGCGCCCCUGGCAUCCUGGGAGAGGUCACCAUCUCCUCAGAGGCUGGACCUGUGAAGGUGGCCGCGCUGUCCCUGGAAGAGCUGGGGAACGACAGUGUCCCGAUCAAAGUCAGUGCCGGUGAAACAGGUGCGGAACUGGAGGUCAGUGCAGGGCUGCUGGGUGAAGUUGCCGCAGCUGCAGGCAGUGAUGUAGUGCUGCUGAGUGCCUUUGAUGCGGAUGAAGAUCACCCAGGUGUCGCGGGCCUUCCACAGGACGCCGCCGACCGCCUUGCGACCGAUGACGUCCGCGCGGAGUCGCCGGAUCCGGGUCCCGCGGGUGCCCCGGGUGCCAAGGGUCCAGGUGGUGCGCGGCGGCUGGCGUCGGCUCUACGGUCGCAGCCCCUGAGUAUCAAUUUUCGUGCGGCCGAUGGGACAAAAAUCAACGUCAACAAUUUGACCACCCCAAUGAAGAUGACGCUGACGGUGGAGGAUCCCACAGCGACCUGCGCCUUUUUGGGAUGGGGCGACGGCGCAGUGGUCAGCGAAAGGUGUGCAGACGAUUCCCUCCGAGAUACCGGGGAUCCUGGAGUGCGAAACCACUCACUUGUCGAUCUUCGGUGGCGUCGUCGGUGUAGCAUUGAACCUUGGGAGUCUACAAAAAGCUUGGGUUUUGACCAAACAUGGAACUGA